AUGGCUCUUUCUCGGGACUUCGAGAGAGGGCCUGAAAGCUGCGUUGUACUCUUGGUUUUGGCACUGGGCAGUGCCAGUCAAUAUGGAAGUAUAUCUUGCCUUUCCGCAGAUGAGGAACUUCCAGGACUAUCAUAUUUCUCCGCAGCUUGGACCCUUUUGCCGGCUGUUAUGACGCGCAAUUCGGUGCUUGCAGCGCAAUGUGUCAUCUUGGCAUCUGCAUAUUUAUUUUACAUGGUCAGGCCCCUUGAGGCCUGGACGCUACUAUCAAAUGCCAGCAUGAAAUUACAAUUACUCUUAGGUAACCCCUCUCGUGUUCCGGGGCAAUGGAAGGAGCUGAGUACAAGAGUGUACUGGAACACCUUACUAUUUGAAAGUGAUUUGCUUGCCGAAUUAGACCUACCACACUCGGGGAUUGUGCAUUUUGAAGAGCUCGUCGAUCUCCCUGGGGGCUUUGAACCGGAAGAUGAAGAAGAUGAAGAAGACGAAGGAAGCAUACGAAUUGAAGAGAAACUAGUAGAUGCGAUGAUAGGUCAGGAUGAGCUCUGGUAUUUCUUGGCUGAAAUUGCCCUAAGAAGGCUGCUCAACAGAGUCAGUCAUAUGAUCUACCAAAAAGACAGCAUCUUGACACUCGCAUCUCUCGGUCCUAUCGCCUCAGAGCUAGAUUUCCAGCUGUCUCAAUGGUAUGAAAGCCUUCCUCAGCCUGUCCGGUUUCCUCUAUCUGGGGGCCCAACUUCAAGCCCCAUUCAGACAGUUUUAAGGCUUCGCUACUUUGCCUGCCGUACAAUAAUAUAUCGGCCUUACAUCCUGGCGGUCUUCCAGAAUGAGUAUGCAUGCAGUGACCCGACAGUAAAAGACUGCUGCCUGCGGUGCUUGGACGCGACAUUGAAUCAACUCGAGCAUAUAGACAGACAUCGUGAAGGUCAUCUGCCGUACCUCUGGCAAGGUGCCCUUUCCAUGGUCUCUCAGGCGUUGUUAAUCAUGGGGGCAACCAUGUCACCGACUCUCUCAUCGCUGUUGCCUCCAGCGACUCAGCUAGACGGUAUCAUAUCUGGCGUCAUAACGGAGGUUGGCAGAUAUGCGCGGCUUGCACCAAGUCUAAAGUUAUCUGCCGAGAUCAUUCGUGAUGCGGAAAAGAGACGCCAGGUGUCCCUCGCGUCAGCGGCCAGACGAGGUUGA